CAUGAACAUGGCUUAUGCUAGGAAUAGGCGGCUAGCGACAAGGUAAUUUAACGAGUGUUUUCUGUACAUUGAGCGCAUAAAAAUGGACAACACGUAUCACCACGGCCCGCCAGGAACUCAGCCGCCUCCUGAGUAUCAUGGCGGCUAUAUGGACACAGCGUACACCUCCGGCAGAGAAGCUGCGCAGGGAUAUGACGGACACUCCUUCGGUUUCAGGUGUAAUUUUCCUCCUCCUCCUCCGUCUCCAAGCGUAGGGGGGUUCGUACCUCCUCCCAUGGCACCUCCAUACGGUUUCGACCCCUCCGUCCCACCGCCUCCUCUCGGUUGUCACUUCCCCAGCAUCCCCCCUCACAACCCGGGUAACGCAUACAGCAGCCCGGGAGCAGCUUUCCACUCAUUUAACCAGCCUUUCACACCUGCUCCACAAACUCACCAGUAUGACUACCACUCGGCUGCAGAGUCAGCUCAAAAUCAGCAGCAGGAGUAUCAACAUUUCCCUGAUAGAGCCAGAGGAGGUGUGUUCAGCCACAGCUCCUUUCCUCCUCUGGUUAGAGACACUGACAGGAAUGUAGGGACUGCGAAACGCCUGCAAGAUGAAUCAUCUCUGAAGAAGAAGCAGGAUGAACAGUGGGUCAAACAUUUCCUACAAAACAGAGACAAGUCUUCCAAGAUCCCAGAGAGGCAGAAGCCACAACAGCAGCUGUGUGUUCCUGAGCUGAGAGAGACUGUGUCCAAUGCAGCUCAGCUCCUCUCUCAGCUCACACACACCUGCGAGAGCCUCAAACACAACCUGGAGAACGAUUCUGCCUGGACCGACUCUUACAGACUGGCUUUAAAUGUCAAAACAGAGCUACAAGAGAAACUGAAAACUCUCAGCGACAGAGAGUAUACAAGUAGCUUUAAAGAGAAAUUGUCCCGUAUUGCUAAGAGGAGGGCCCGCAGACUGAGGGCCAGGAAGCUGCUGGAAAUGGAGGAAAAGGAGAGAGAGGCACGCAUGGCGGAGAAAGAGGCUGCUAUAGAUAAAUGGAGGAUGAAGAAGAUACACGAAGUAGAGGAGAGGAAGAAGGAGCAGGAGCUGAAGCUGGCUGCAGACUCUGUUCUGUGUGAGGUACGAAAGAAGCAGGCGGACGUGAAGAGAAUGCAGGACAUCCUCAGAUCUCUGGAGAAGCUACGCAAACUGAGGAAAGAGGCAGCAUCCAGGAAAGGUAUCUUCACCGACCAAGAAUCUGACGAGGCGUUCGACAGCCGGCUGGAGAAGCUGAGGUCUGUGAUGAAGAAGAGGACGGCCGUUUACUCAGCAGAGGAGAAAGCUCUGAUGGUGAUGCUGGAAGGAGAGCAGGAGGAGGAGCGGAGGAGAGACCUGGAGAAGAAACUAAAGAAGGAGAGAGAGAGGCAGCUGCAGAGGAAACACAAAGUGGACGGCAUGCUGUUUGGGGAUGAUAUUCCUGCUAAUCCAAUCCUGCAGCCCUUCAGAGAAUACUACACCCAGGCUGAGCGCUCAAUGCACUCUUUAGUACAAAUAAGGAGAGAGUGGGACGUGUUCAUGGUGGCAGCGGAUCAUCCUGACGGUACCGCGGUUCCUCAGAACUGGGUCCUGCCAGACGCCCCGUCAGACCAGGCCUGGGCCUCAGCUCUGCUCAGUGCUGACACUGAGUGUGACGGCAUCUGACUGACUGUGUGUACUGUUGAAAUGUGACUGACUAAGAAAACUUGAAUCAUUCACAUCUGUUGUUGUUAUGACAGCGAACAGCGUUCCAAGAGAACAUACAGAUGGACUUCUGAACAAAGUGACAUGUUGAGCAAGCUUGACGAAUCAAGAAAAGGUCUGAUGUUUGUAUUUAAUGUUUUUAACUUUGCCUAGGUGUUCAGUUGGUGUUUGGUAAUUUCAACUUCCAUUCAGAUUCAAUGAUUAAGUUAUAGGUGGUUAAUUGCUAAGGUUAACAUAAACCCUUACAUAAAAACACCUCUGUUGUUGUCCCAUUAAAUUCACUCUGGCAGUCACUUAAUCAGGUCCUGCUAACUACUGAGAAUGAAACUACUCCUAACUUAUUAACUAAAAAAAAAACUGUAAGAUUUUAAAUCCAUCAUCACACUCUCCCAUUUCAUUACUGACCUGCUGAAGCUGUGACACCACGGUGAGGAGGAACAAACUCUGUCCAGAAUGUUCAUGUCAUGUGAUGAUUGAUGUGUGAAAACGGCUUAUGAGACAAAAUGAUAUGUUCAACUGUC